AUGAAACUAUGCACAGAGUGCCCCGAAGGAAGCCUUCGUCUUCUUUUUGGACCCCAAUGCACGGAAAUCGGAGACCAAAUCACCCGCAUUCGAGAUGCCAUAGAGAAAUAUCCAUCGGGGCUACAGUUUCUUCGUGAGAUUCUGGAUGAGCUUCCCUCGUUAUGGCCCGUCAUUUCAGAAGCCUGGCCAGCGCUGGACCAGGUGCCCGGCGAGAGCGGACUUGCUGCACUGGCCCAGCUUGUCAACAACGAAUUACCAGCCAGCCCCUUGAGUGAACGGCUGAACAUAAUUCUAACUCCACUUACGGUCAUGGCACAUAUAGCUGAAUUUUGGAACCUCCAACAUGUAGCAGCACAUCCGGCAUUCCCACCACAGUCUUCUGUAACAUCUCCAGCUGCAGUUCCGACGAUAAUCGAUACACAAGGAUUUUGUGUAGGUAUCCUCGCGGCGAUCGUUGUCGCAUGUUCACGAGACGCACGUGAGUUCCAGGCUGUGGCCUCAAAUGCAAUAAGGCUCGCUGUCUGUAUCGGAGCGUUGGUCGAUUUGGAUGAGAUGGUGUCUGGUGAGGCUACAUCGAUGGCAAUACGAUGGGAGUCUCAAGAGAGUUAUGACCAUCUUCAACACAUCCUGACACAGGACCCCAAUGUUUAUAUCUCCUGCCGUACAGAUGCGAACAGCGUCACCAUUACGCUUCCUGACCAAAGCGCACAAUGGAUGAAGCAGCAGCUCAGCGGUUUUGGGCUGUGGUCAAAGCAGAUUCCCCUGCGGGGUCGGUUCCAUCACCGUGAAGCGCACGACACAGGCGUCCAGCACAUUAUGCAGCUGUCCAUUAGGGACCCUCGCUUUCAGCUCCCCCACAGUGAUACCUUGCUGUUUCCCCUUCGGUCAAACCAAGACGGCGAGGUGAUUGAGCCGGGGACCAUGUUGCACACCGUUGCCUUGGAGACGAUCCUCCGCGCAAGGGCAAACUGGGCGAAAACCGUCUCAUCACUGCUCACUAAUGGGCAAUUGGAAGUUGACGGGUCCCGCCUCCUAUCCAUCGGCUCAAGGGAAUUCGUUCCACGAUCCGCCCGAGGCCGUUUAGUGUCCCAAGAAAGCCUUCCCAUAGCAUCUAGGAAACAUGGUCUCGUCAACGGACAAACAGCAGGCGUUUCCGCAGUCCCAUUGGUGAAAGAAAAGGACAAUGUCGACCCCCGCCCGCAGAAUGGCCAGGUGCCGCCGAUUGCCAUAACGGGGAUCGCUUGUCGAUAUGCUGGCGCAGACUCCGUGAGGGAGCUGUGGGACCUGCUAGAGCUGGGACAAUGCAACGUGCGAAGGGCCCCCGAGAGUCGGUUUCGGAUGUCGGAGCUGCAGCGAGAGCCCAGCGGUCCUUUCUGGGGCCACUUUCUUCAGCACCCAGAUGUGUUUGACCAUCGAUUUUUUGGCAUCUCAGCACGGGAAGCCGAGUCCAUGGACCCGCAGCAGCGCCUGUUGCUGCAGGUAGCGUACGAAGCCAUGGAGUCGGCUGGUUACUUCGGAUGGCAGCAGACCCAGCUGCCGCAGGAUAUCGGGUGCUACGUGGGGGUGGGAUCCGAGGACUAUACCGAGAAUGUAGCAUCCCGGCAUGCAAAUGCCUUCUCGGCCACAGGAACCCUGCAGUCGUUCAUCAGCGGGCGCACUAGCCAUUUCUUCGGCUGGUCGGGGCCUUCAAUCACAAUAGAUACAGCAUGUUCGUCCGCGGCGGUGGCGAUACAUCUAGCAUGCAAGGCCCUGCAGACGAAAGAGUGCUCAAUCGCUGUGGCUGGCGGCGUGAAUGUACUCACCAACCCCAGGGUGUACCAGAACCUGGCUGCCGCAUCGUUUUUGUCUCCGACAGGAGCGUGCAAGCCGUUCGACGCCGCUGCAGAUGGAUACUGUCGUGGGGAGGGGGCUGGGCUCGUUGUGCUACGGCCUCUGCAGGAUGCCAUCGACCACGGAGAUCCCAUACUCGCUGUGGUCGCUGGCUCGGCCGUCAACCAGGGCUCAAACAAAUCACCUAUCACUGUACCCGACGCGCAGUCCCAACUGACGCUCUACGGCAAGGCCCUGUCUCUCGCGGGGGUGACCCCUGAACAGGUCACGUAUGUGGAAGCCCACGGGACAGGCACGCAAGUUGGCGAUCCAAUCGAGUUGGACAGUCUCCGCAGGGCGUUUGGUGACCGUCACCGGCGGCAGGACCUGUACGUGGGGUCCAUUAAAGGCAACAUCGGACACACCGAGACCUCCUCAGGGGUCGCCGGCCUGUUGAAGACGAUCUUGAUGUUGCAAAAUCGGCGCAUCCCGCAACAAGCGAAUUUUAGCACGCUGAACCCCAAGGUCGUGCCGCUCGACCACGACCGACUGAUAAUCCCCGUAGAGUCGACCGAAUGGGAAGCGGAAAGACGACUUGCCAUGGUUAGCAAUUAUGGUGCGUCGGGGAGCAACGCUGCACUCGUAGUAAGAGAACACAUUACGGGAGCCAACAAGCAAGGGGACGCAACCUCUCGAUAUUUGCUGGAUGUUCCGAUCUUGAUUUCUGCGGAGACGCAAGAUUCCGUCCGGGCGUACUGCGGUGCCCUCCGCACUGCGCUCUUGAGCAAUUCGUGGUCUGCCAUCACAGUCCAGGACCUAGCGUAUAACCUGGCAAUCAAGCAGAACAGAGCCCUCUCAUUCAAUGUUGCUUUUCCAAUUUCUUCGCACUCCGGGUUAUUAGGCGCCCGCUUGGAGGCCAUCGCCACAGGCGCAUCUGCCGAUAUUUUGCAGAAGCGACCAGCCAGCGAACCGCCGAUUAUUCUGUGCUUCGGCGGUCAAAGUAGCCAGACGGCAUGCAUUUCAAAAACCUUGUUUGACAGCUGCGUCCUGUUACAGAAACACCUUGUGGCAUGUGAGCAGGUGGGCCAAACACUGGGCCUUCCCAGUCUCUUUCCUACGAUCUUUGCAUCAGACCCAAUCACGGACGUCAUUCAUCUGCAUUUCUUGCUCUUCUCCAUCCAGUACGCAUGCGCAAUGGCAUGGUUGGACUCCGGACUCCACGUCAACCGCAUCGUGGGCCACAGCUUCGGUCAGCUCACCGCGCUGUCUGUGGCUGGUACCCUGAGCCUUCGCGACGGCAUUUACUUGAUCGCCGAACGUGCUCGUCUGAUCCAGGCCUGCUGGGGCCCAGAGUCCGGUGUGAUGCUUGCCUUCGAGGGCCCGAAAACGGUUCUUGAAGAGGUGCUCACGCAGAGUGGCCACGGGGUUGAUAUUGCCUGUUAUAAUGGGCCGCAGCAAGUGAUCCUGACUGGCACGGAGGGAUCCAUACGGGCGGUCGAGGAAUUAAUCGCCGCAAGCAUCUCAGAGAAUAACAUCAGGGUGAGACGAUUAGACGUCACGCAUGCGUUCCACUCCAGGCUCAUCGACAGUAUUACGCCGGGCCUCACGGAGGUGGCAGGGUCACUCGCUUACCGUAAACCCGCGAUUCCCAUUGAAGACUGUUCCGUAAUGGGUGACUGGUCGACAGUGACACCGACGAAAAUCGUCGAGCAUAGUCGCCAAACCGUAUAUUUCCAGCGCGCUGUCGAGCGAGUAGCUCAAAAUCUCCAAGGUCCAGCUGUCUGGCUAGAAGCUGGAUCCGCCUCACCCAUCAUCUCCAUGGUGCGCCGGGUGUUGGAAAACUCCUCUGCAUCGCAUGCAUAUUUCAAGGUUGACCUCAGUGGGCGUGACGCCGCCAGAAAUCUGGCGACUGUUACUAGCGGCCUCUGGGCGCAGGGCAUCCGCGUUCAGUUCUGGCCAUUCCACCGGUUGCAGAGCGAGGCCUUUAGCUGGUUGAAUGUUCCUCCGUAUCAGUUCGCGAAGACAACCCACUGGGUCGACUUUGAACCCGCUGCGCUCUUGCCCCUGGGCUCAUCGAAGAUCUCACACGCUGCAAGCCGGCAGCCAACUGGUCUGUUACACCAGCUGAGCGGCGGGCCAGAUGAGUUUUUAUUCGCCGUAAACACUCAAGACGCAUUGUACAAGACAUGCACGCAGGGACACGCUGUCCUCGACCAGCCGUUGUGUCCUGCAUCCAUGUAUAUGGAGCUGGUCCUGCGGGCGACGACUUGUCUCUUCCCCUUGGAUGCAACCUGGACGCCAGCAAUGGCUCAUAUCGAGAAUCUCGUCAUCUGUUCCCCACUGGUGCUGGACCCGCCAGGGGACGUGCAUGUGCUACUGUCUCCUGAGGGACCAAGUUGCUCCCAAAUGUGGUCCUUCUCCGUUUCCAGCAACAGCGAGACGACUCAUGAUAAGGUCACUCAUGCCAAAGGUAUCGUCUCCCUUUUGCGGGACCACUCCCGUCCUGUGGUCUGUUUCCAUUCUAUAGGGCGAUUGGUCAAUCACUCUAGGGGCCAAGCAAUCGUGGAAAAACCGACGUCGAGCGGGCUGAAGGGAUCAAUGGUCUACUCUGCGCUCCGCCAGAUGACUAACUACGCAGAUUACUUUCGUGGUGUUAAGCAGGUAUUUGCAGACGGCUGUGAAGCCGUAGGUUUUGUCACCAUGGCACCGCCUACUACUAAGACCACCUGCAACCCUAUUCUUCUAGACAAUUUUCUGCAGGUUGCGGGUAUUCACGUUAACUGUCUUUCUGAUCGCCAAGAAGACACGAUACUAGUGUGCAACGCUAUAGGGGAAAUUUUCAUCGACGAACUGCUACUCAGGGGGGAUACGGAAGCUCUCCCCCCGUCGUGGAAGGUUUAUACCAAUUACGCCCGGCAAUCAAAGAGCCAGAUAUCGUGUGACAUAUACGUCAAGGAUAGUUUGACAGAUGGUCUAGUAGUCGCGAUAAUGGGCGUUUCCUUCACGGGCGUCUCGAUCCGUUCUCUCACCCGCACACUGGCUAAACUGAACAAUAACAGCUUUGAAGACGCAAAUCCGGUCGCCGUUUGCAGCGUCCCGCCUGAGACCCAGUCACCAGAGGAGCCGCUGGCCCACGAACGAGCCACUGCCAAGAUGGAUGUGGACCGUGAUCUUGCAGCUGUGCAGGGAAUGUUUUGCGAUCUAUUUGGCGUUGGUAUCAAUGAGCUACCUCCGGCCACUUCAUUGAUCGAUAUUGGAGUAGAUUCUCUUAUGAGCACCGAAGUGCUAUCGGAGAUCAAGAAGCGAUUCCAGGUCAAUAUGUCGUAUUCAACCUUGGUGGGAAUUCCGGAUAUUCAGAGCCUUGCGCAGCAUAUAUUUCCAGAGCGUCCCAAAGUAUCCCUUUCGCGGCCUGUAGGGGAAGAAACAGUGCCCCAUGGACCUGACAUGUCGCGCACCGGGCCUGUUGUCACUGUGGGUGCUGAUGACAAACUGUCGCUAGACUUAGUGGCCUAUCAGUGUUAUGAGGCAACACGCACGGCAGUAUCCCACACUGAUGAUGCGCACUGGACUGACUUCUUCCACACUGUCUAUCCUCAGCAAAUGAUGCUCAUUACGGCGUACGUUGUGGAAGCAUUCCGGGCCUUGGGUUGCCCGCUAGAAUCUUAUCAGGCAGGGGAUGUGGUCCCUACUAUCUCUGUUGUGCCACACCACGAAGCCCUAAGAAAUCACCUGUAUGUGAUUUUGGAAUCCGUCAACUUGCUCUGCCGCACGUCAGAAGGAAAGCUUGUGCGGACAGCAACACCCAUUUCCCCGCUCUCCUCGCAGGCCUUGCACACCCAGAUACGCAGUGAACACCCUGCAUACGCAUUGGAGCACGAUCUUCUCCAGAUCACAGGUCCGCAGCUGGCCAACUGCCUGUCUGGUCAAGCAGACGGAGUAUCGCUGAUCUUCCGUGAUUCCCAGACUCGUCGUCUGAUUGAGGAUGUCUAUACGCACUCCCCAGUGUUCAAAUCAGGCAACCUCUAUCUCGAGCGGUAUCUGAUGGAUGUAAUCCAAGGUCUUGGGAAUAGUCGGCUGAUCAAGAUACUCGAAAUUGGUGCCGGCACUGGAGGCACUACCAAGUUUCUCCUCGAGCAGCUCUGGAACCUAUCAGCAACGACUACUCAUAUUCAAUAUACUUUUACGGAUAUCUCCUCGUCACUUGUAGCAGCGGCGCGAAAGAAGUUCGGCAAAUACAAUUUUGUGCAGUACAAGACCCUGGAUGUCGAGCAGGAGCCUCCUUCAAGUUUACACGGCCAGUACGACAUCGUGCUGUCGACGAACUGCAUCCAUGCGACGCGGAACAUUGUCCAGAGCUGCUCGCAUAUCCGUACCCUCUUGCAGCCCAACGGAAUCGUGUGUCUCGUCGAGCUGACACGUGAUAUCUUCUGGCUAGAUCUCGUGUUUGGCCUCCUCGAUGGCUGGUGGCGGUUUGAUGAUGGCCGCGACCAUGCUCUGGCGAGCGAACAGCUUUGGCAUCAGACGCUUCAUCAGGCUGGCUUUGAGUGGGUGGGCUGGACUGAUAAUCAGACUCUGGAAUCAAAUGCGCUGCGUGUUAUCGUCGGGUCACCGUCAGGAGUGCCUGGAUUUACUCAAGGACUUUCCACCGAGCCAGUAAAACGGGAAACCGUUGUCUGGGCUUGCAGAGGCUCUCUUCAGUUGCAGGCGGAUAUAUAUUAUCCCGAUGAGGUUGACACUUUGCGGACGCCCCGACCAAUUGCCCUGAUGAUUCAUGGAGGCGGCCAUGUUAUGCUCUCGCGCAAGGACAUUCGUCCACACCAGACUGAAAUCUUGGUUGGCGCCGGGUUCCUACCUAUUAGCAUUGAUUACCGACUGUGCCCAGAGGUCUCUCUAGCAGAUGGCCCUAUGGCGGACGUCUGCGACGCUCUUCGCUGGGUUCGCUGCACCCUACCAAAUUUGCCCCUCCUGCGUCCGGAUAUCCGGCCGGACGGAAACCGCGUUGUGGCUGUCGGGUGGUCUACCGGUGGCCAUCUCGCCAUGACGCUCUCGUGGACCGCCCCCGCGGUGCGACUCGCUGCACCAGACGCCAUCUUGGCGUUUUAUUGCCCCUCCGACUACGAGGAUUCGUUCUGGGCGCGUCCGAACUUCCCAUUCAAACAAGCGGUCUCGCCAAGGGAGAUGAAGUACGAUGUCUGGGAAGGGGUACGCGCUAGUCCGAUUGCCAGCUAUAAUCCACCGCCACAGCAACGGGCAUUAGGAGGGUGGAUGUCAGCGAGUGACCCGCGUAGUCGAAUUGCGUUGCACAUGAACUGGACUGGGCAGACUCUUCGGAUGCUCAUCAACGGGUGGAUGCAAGGUCAGAACACGGAAACCAUUCGCGAUCCCACCGAAGAGGAGAUCCAAGCAGUCAGCCCGCAUUACCAGGUCCGCGCCGGGCGGUACCGCACGCCGACGUUCUUGAUCCAUGGAACAAGGGAUGAUCUUGUUCCUUGUACGCAGACGAGGUCCACAUAUGAUGUCUUAGUGCAGCACGGCGUGGAGGCGGAGAUUAGGGUGGUAGAGGACGCCGUGCACCUAUUUGAUAUAUAUCCAGAUUUCCAGGGGUCCGAAGAUGCCAGAAGGGCUGUAGAUGAUGGAUACGAGUUCCUCAAACGGCAUGUGCGCCUUUAG